GAGGGUUGAGCGAAGGGCUAACAACCCUUCCUCAGGAAAAAAAAAUACUGUUACGAUACCACCACAAACCAAGCCUCAGACAGGGAUAAAUGGAUUAAAUACUGGACAUGGGAAACGGUCAGCGGAGUUAAAGAUUGCAACAUGAAACACUACAAGCCUUUUUAGAACUGGCGCAUUCCAGAAUUUGGUAGACACUAGAUGCAUACAGUAUUGAUAUAGCUGCUCUACAAAAGAUUAGAUGGACUGGAAUAGGACAAAUGAAAGUCGGACAUUACAUAGUAUACUUUUCAGGAUUAGCAGAUGGACAUUAUUUUGGUAGUGGCUUCGCAGUACAUGAAAAGUUAGAAACAUAUGUCAAGGAGUUUAUCCCAAUAUCAGAGAGAAUGUCAUGUCUAAAACUAAACACGACACCAAUUAACAUUAUAUUAGUGUGCGUGCAUGCCUGGAUGGAAACUAGUGAAGAUGAAGUGAAAGAUGGGUUUUAUAAUAAAUUGGAUGAAACAUGGGAUAGUUUAUGUGGGAAUACCGUCAAAAUUAUGUUGGGAGACUUAAAUGCUAAAUGUGGGAGAGAACCACAAUAUGCCCCGACAAUAGGAAAAGAAAGCUUACAUGCCAUUAAUAAUAGAAACAGAUUACAACUCAUCUCAUUCACAGUGUCAAAUAAUAUAGUAGUGAGAAGUACAACAUUCCCCCACAAAAAUAUACAUAGAGCUACAUGGAAGUCUCCAGAUGGAAAUAUGCUAAACCAGAUUGUUCAUAUAUUAAUUGAGAAUAGAUUUCAAUCCAGCAUAAAGAACAUAAGAAGCUACAGAGGUGCGGAUACAGAUCACUUCCUGUUGAUAUCGAAAUUCAAGCUCAAAUUACAAGGCAUGAAAAGCCUAAAAGAGAGGAAAAUGUAAAAUGAAAAGUAAAAUGAAAGUGUAAAAUUUAACGUAGACCUAUUGAAGAACGAAAAUAUUAGAAAAAAGUAUGUAGAUAGUAUUGAUACACAUCUGAAAGAUAGGAGAACUGGGAAUAUAGAAACAGAUUGGAACAAGAUUAACCUAGUCAUAAAAGAAAAAGCGGAGCGAAGCAUCGGUGGAGUACAAAAUGGGAAUACGAGUAAGAAAAAGAAAUUGUAUAAUGAGGUAUGUAGGGAAGCUGUAGAAAAAAGAUGUAUAGCAAGAUCAGAUUUUAUAAGAUCUGAGAAUCAGGGUGCGAAGACUACUUUUCUCAAUGAAAGGAAAAAUUGUAGUAGAAUAUAACAGAGAAAAAAAAGGAAGUUCAUUAAUGGGAUUUUGGAAAAAGCUGAGAAGGAUCGCCGCAAGGAAAAAUUAGAAACUUCUUCAAGACUAUUGGACAGUAUAAGGACUUCAACCCAACCCUAAAGGCAAUAAAGGGCAGUAAUGGAGAUACUCUUAUGGAACCAAAUGAUAAAGCUAAAAGAUGGAGGGAGUACUUCAUAGAUCUUCUAAAUGCGGAAAUACCAGUGAACCGGAUAGGAAACACACAAUAUCAGACAGCGGAACCAAUGAUUAGUGAUAUAACAUUGGAGGAAGUCAAGAUUGCUAUUAAUAGCCUAAAGAACUGGAAAGUUCUGAAAAAAAAAAAUUCAAAUCCUAGGUUUUGCUGAUGAUCUAAACAUCAUAGGCAAUACCAGAGAUGACUUAGAAAAAGCAACAAAAGUUUUAGAAAAAUCAGCAGAUGAAAUAGGACUAAAAAUAAACAUCGAAAAGAUGAAGAUCAUGGAGCUUUUAGACACAGAUGCAGACGUAAUGGACCCUGACCCAGAUGACUGGAUAUAUGAAAAAGUUAACGAGUUUAAAUACCUUGGCGUAUGUGUAAAUACAAAGAAUGACUGGUCACAAGAGAUUGGGUUAAGGAUAAUGAAAGUAGAGAAGGCGUCCUUUGCAUUAUCCAAAUUUUUCAAAUCUAAAAUGCUGUCAAAGAAAACAAAAAUUAGACUCUAUACAGUGAUAGUGAGAGUUAUACUAACAUAUGGAUGCGAAGCAUGGACAUAUAAGACUAUAAGCGUAACAGAACGAAGACUUACUACCUUCGAAAACAAGCUAUGGCGUGCGAUAUGUGGACACAAAUUAACCCAAAUUAAGUGCGAACACUGGUAUGUGGAGGAGAAAGUUUAA